GCUUUAAAAAAAAAAAGGAAAAAAGGAAGAGAGUUGGAAAGUGGCAGAACGGAGGAGAAAGAGAGCAGCAGCGAACUGUGGAGAAUUUCCUUGUCGCCGGAACUUUGACUGGCCAUUUGGAUGGUCAAAUGAUGUCCGUUUCGGCCCAAAUUUUGAGGAGGUGUUCUACUCAACGAGAGGAACAAUUCUACAGUGGACGAUCGUGAUUUUAACGGUCAAAUUCUUAGAUCUGUGGGAUUGUUAAAUUUGAAAUGGCGGGAAGGACCAGAAAAGGAAGAUAUGAGAGAAAUGAGGAGUUGGAGUCGAUAAAGGAAGAACUUCGAGAAGUAAGAAGGGAGUUGAGAGAGAUUGUCCAGUUGAUGAAAGGUCAGGGCUCUAAGAGAUCAAGAGGUACCCAGGGCUAUGAGGAUUCAGGGCACUCGCAUAGAAGAAGCCACACUGAGAAGCCAGUAAUGAGCCAGAUAGAGGUGAUGAAGAGAUUCAUGGUGAUGCAACCUCCAUCUUUUAAUGGAGAGCCCAUUGCGGAAGCAGCUGAGCAUUGGUUGAGGAGGAUAAGAAGAAUUCUAGUGGGGCUAGACAUACCUGAGGAAAAAAGGGUAGGUCUGGCAGCAUACAUGCUUGUUGACAAAGCUGAUUUCUGGUGGGAAUCAAUAGAAAAAGUGUAUGACAUUGAGGUUAUGACCUGGGAGGAAUUUGAGAUAAUCUUCCUAGGUAAGUAUUUUGGAGAGGUGGCUAAGGAUGCCAAGAGGAUGGAGUUUGAGCACCUCAUCCAAGGAACCAUGUCGGUGCUAGAGUAUGAGUCAUGCUUUUCGGAGUUGUCUCGAUUUGCUUUGGGGAUGAUCAGUGAGGAAGGAGAAAAGACUAGGAGGUUUCAGCAGGGGUUGAGACCUGCUAUUAGGAAUAGAUUAGUCCCACUGGCAAUAAGGGACUAUUCUGAGUUGGUUAAGAGGGCUUUGUUGGUGGAGCAGGACAUUGAGGAAACCAAUCAAAUUCAGGAGCAAAAGGGGGAUAGAAAAGGGAAACAAAGAAUAGGAGAAAGUUCCCAAGGGAGAUCUCAAGGCUCGCAGCAGAGGCAGAGGACUCAGCAGUCUAAAGGGCAUUUCUCAUUCUAUGCAAGAGGUGAGCAGAGUGCUAAGAGGGUGGCAACUAAUAGAGUAUGUUAUGGUUGUGGAGCGGGAGACCACUUAUGGAGGGCUUGCCCAUUACGGGGCGUACAACAAGCUCGACCUCAGUCUCAGGGAAGUUCUCAACAACCGCCAAUAGUGCCUUUCCAACCCCCUCAGUUUCAAUUGCCUUACUACCAGAUGCCACAAUUAUCCCCAGCAGCCCAGGGAACUACGACAACUACCAUGAGUAGUCAGACUCGUUCUUCUCAGGAAUCAAAUGCUAGAGGUAGGGGAAGACAGACAACAAGAAGAGUUUUUGCCUUGACCCCAACAAAGUUAGAGGAGGACGUCCUUUUGGUGGAAGUGGAUUCCCAUGCUAACUGAAGCUUGGUUGGAUGUUCUGCUUUACUGAAACUACAUACAAGUAUUAGCCACUGAAACUACACUACGUGGCCUGGGGAAAAUGACAAAUUGUAAAGGAGUUUUAUUAACUUUCAAAUGUAUUAGUAUAUUAAAAUCAUUGUUGUUGGUAUAUUUUUAUUUUCGUUUUCCGAGCAUUUUUGUGUUCAAAUGAGCAAUUUGAAAUUGAUAUUUUCAAUAGAAAAUUAAAUAAAUCACCCUAUGAAUGUGGUCCAAUAAA